UGAAAGAAAGAAAGCCAAAAACUGCAAAGCCCAAACUGUAACCUGUAAAAGUGUAAAACCUAGCUUAAACCCCUUCCAAACGGCCGAACCUCCUUUCCUCCCUCAGAAAAUGAAGCUGGGUGAUUGGAGUAGGGUCUUUAACAACCUUAAAACCCAUUUCGAUUUCAAAAAUGUUUUGGGUGUUUUCCCCUACUCCACAUCAACAACAACGACAACUGGUAGAAGCAAAAUGGCGAUGAUGGGAGGUUCAAGGAAGGGUUUGUUUCGUAAGAUUUCCCCGAUUGGAGAUCUUUCGGUCUGCAUCGUUCCGGUUUUAGACCAAUGGGUCGAAGAAGGAAACUCCGUAGAGAAACACCUCCUUCAAUUCUACAUCAAUCGACUCAGAUCCUAUAGACGCUACGCCCACGCUUUAGAGAUGUCUCUGUGGAUGACCGAUAAAAGGUACUUUCCGAUGAGCUAUCGCGAUGUUGCUAUUCGGUUGGAUUUGAUUGCAAAAGUUCAUGGGAUAGAACAUGCAGAGAAUUACUUCAACAGUGUUCCAAAACAAUUAAAAGGCCUUGCGGUUUACUCUACUCUUCUUUACUGCUAUGCACGUGAAAAAUCUGUUGAAAAGGCAGAGGCUCUAAUGCAGAGAAUGAGGGAUUUGGGAUUAGAUAGAUCGGCGUUCGUGUUCAAUGUUUUGCUUUCUCUUUAUUAUAAAGCAGACAAUUAUGAGAAACUGGACUCUUUGAUGCAGGAAAUGGAAGAAAAAGGUAUUGCUCGUGACAUAUAUACGUAUUGCAUCUGUCUAAAGGUUAAUGCAGCUCAAUCCAAUGUUGAUGGAAUUGAAGAUAUUCUUCGGACAGUGGAAUCUGAUUCGAAUCUUGCUUCAGAUUGGUUUUUUUAUACUACUGCAGGAGAUGCUUACAUCAAAGUUGGGCAUCUGGACAAGGCCUUCGCAAUGCUGAAGAAAUCUGAGGAACUGAUUGAAGGAAGAGGUAUCGUGUAUAAUAACCUACUGACAAGAUACACAACACUAGGGAAGAAAGAAGAAGUUUUAAGGAUUUGGGAACUUUACAAGACAUAUGUGAAGGUUUACAAUAAGGGCUACAUAGCUAUAAUAUGCUCUCUAUUGAAGUUUGAUGAUAUUGAGAGUGUCGAGAAGAUUUUUGAUGAAUGGGAAUCCCAGACUCCUCAGACUUUAAGUUAUGAUAUUUGCAUUCCAAAUUUAUUGCUUUGUGCUUAUUCCAGGAAAGGUCUUCUUGAGAAGUUUGAAACCGUCGUAAAUAGGAUUUUGUUAAAAGGGGGGAAGCCUAAUGCAAAGACAUGGUAUUAUUUUGCAACAGCAUUGCUUUGGCAUAAUGAAAUGGAAAAGGCAGUUGAAGCAAUGAAGGAAGCCAUAUUGAUUAUUGAACCUUGCUGGAAGCCAAGGUUAAAGCCUAGAGAGGAAAGUGUGGCUGCCUGUCUAAAGUACUUGAAAGGGAAGGGAGAUAUGGAUGAAGCAAAGAUAUUCAUAAAAUUUCUAGGAGAUAGGGAUAUAAUCUCCCCAGAGGUUCAAGUUAAGUUGUUGAGUUAUAUAAAAGAUGGAAAUGCAGAUUCAAAGUUGGAUGGACUCAUUAUGCUGGAUGGUGGUGCUUUGCAUGGAAGUGGAGAAAUACAUCAAUUUUCAGAGGAGGACAACGAUGACAUUGAUUGCAAACCAAGUAAAGGAAGCACGUUUGACGUCAAGUUGGAAAGCAUUUGACAUUACCAUUAGUAAAUGUGAUCUUAAUGAAAGCUGGAAUUAGUAAGUUCAUUUUGUGAAUCCUUCCUCCCGUUUAUGGUGAUUAGAGGACUCUUGUUUGGACAAUGAAAACAAAACCAAUCACUUCUAUUACCAGUCAAGAUGGGCAAAGGGGAUGGCUUAGUUAACCAGCCAUGUCAGAGGUGCAUUCUUGUGGUAUAAUUUAAGGGAAGAACAAAUUCCUUUUUGCUUAGAAGGAACAAUUGAAAGAUCUAUGCUUACUGAUGCUCGGAAUAUAGGAGACUACAGACUACUAGCUGACAGCUUAGCUUGCUUAGAAGUAUGAAAAUGUGAAGUGGGAUGAUAGAAUCUAUGAAUGCUUUCAAGAAUUUAGGUCCCAUGACGUAAUGGUAGUAAAAUUCUUCUCUCAAUCAUAGCGAGGGGUUAAUUUAUCUCAUUUUAUUUGCUUGCCUGAUCUCAUCUAGUA